AUGUUGAGAUCUACCAUUGUGCCGAGAGGCUUCAGCCAGAUACCGAAAAGGCACAUACUAGGUAAUCAGCCAUAUUUCCGUCCCAGCUCGAGGAGAAGUAUAUCUACAUUUCAGACCAUAGCCGAUACCUUCACGACGUUGCAUGAUGUAUCAGGAAUUCAUUGGGUAGUGCUAAUACCGGUGACUACGUUUGCCUUGAGGACGGUGUUUACGUUGCCGUUAAGUAUAUGGCAAAGGCGACGGAUAGUCAAGCAACAAGAGUUGAGGAAGCUAGUGGCACCUAUAUCGUCUAUUGUCAAGAUGAGACUAGCUGUUACGAGCAAGAGUGCGAAGGAGAAGAGAUUAGAGAGUGGUAGUGAUAUUACAAUUGCGAAACCUGUAGGUGGUCUGAGUGCUGAGAAUCUAACACCCGAACAAAUUACGUUAUUGGCGGUAAAGGAGACCCGUAAGCGUCAGAAAUUGUUGUUCAAGAAGUAUGGCGUGCAGAUGUGGAAGAACGCUGUGUUGCCAUUGGUGCAAAUACCUCUAUGGGUCACCGUAUCCAUGGGCAUCAGAACACUCACAGAGAACCCGCUCCGUGAGAAACUGUACAACAACGGCUGGCUCAGCUCCGUGGGGAUAGACGAGAACUUAUACCUCAGCGAACCACUAGAGGCCUACCCGUUUGCGGUACCAUUAGUGCUGGGCACAUUGUCGAUGCUCAACGUGGAGUACAACGGCAAAGUGAUCCAAGGCGACUCAGCGAAGAACCUGGGACUGAAACUACGUGCAGACAACAGCAGACUUCAACUGGGGAUACAAACUAUCCUGAACGUGACAAGAAUAGGUACUGUGUUCAUGAUGGGCUUCUCAUCACAAACCGCCUUGCUGCUGUCCCUGUACUGGAUCAGCUCACAGCUGUACUCCUUGCUACAGAACAUAUUCUUGAACUGGCUGUGGCCGUACCAGCGGUAA